AGGGAAUGGGAGUCAGUGAGGCAUUCCAAGUGGUGGCGAUUAUCCAUGUGCUACCGCUGGCUUGGGAUGAGUUCCGGAGCUAUCUCAAGCUCAAACGGAAAGAGAUGACUUUAGAACAGUUGCUUGUUCGUCUCCGAAUCCAUGAGGAGGGUCUCACUCACGAGAAGAAAGUAGUUGUUGCUAAGGCCAAUGUGGUGGAGCAUCCACCCAAAGAGGGUUCUUCCAAAGGGCCCAAGCCAAAUAAGGACAAGAAGAAAAUUGGUCCUAAAGGAGGCGUCGCGAAGACCAAGUUCGCGGGGAAAUGCUACAACUGUGGCAUUACGGGCCACCGUUCUUCAGAGUGCCGCAAGAAGCCUCAGACGAAGAAGCAGAAGAAGGAAGAAGCUCUCUGCUCGGAGCUAGAUGCUAUGGACCUUUGUGCUGUCGUGACAGAGGUCAACCUGGUCGGGUCUAACCCGAAAGAGUGGUGGGUUGACACCGGAGCCACUCGUCAUAUAUGCUCCAAUCGGGCCAUGCACUUUGACUUUAAGGAGACUUCUGGCGACAAGGGGGAGUUGGGUAAGAAGGAGGUUAUCCUCUGGAGUUAUGAGGGAAGGGAUGUUGAUGGUGUUGGGAGGGUAUCAAAGCUAGUUUCAGCAUCUUUGAGUUGGUUUUCAAGGGAUCUGACUCUGGAGAAUAUAUUGCCAAAGGUGAGAACGGAUAAAAGGGAGUUAAGGUCUGCCAUGGAAGAAGGAACCAACCAGAGCUCUGUUAAAUCUUUCAGCAAGGAUUUCCACCUCUUCCUUCGUGAAGCUAACGCAUGGGAGACCUGUAUGCUUGAUAACUGGCCUUCCCUGCUCUAUCUGUUGGCUGGGGAUGUUGCAGCCUGUCACUGCCGCCAGGAAGCUUUUGGCUUGAGGAGUGCCAGCCUGUUGCUGGCGAGGGAUAUUAAAGCUUUUGGCCGGAGGGGGCUGUUGCCCCUCUCCGGCGUGUAUUCUGGUCAUGUGACAGCGAAUCUAACUGUUCAUGAGUCUCAAUAUGUCAUAUUGUCAGCAGACUGUAGUAUUGACGAGUACAUCAUUGUCAGUAGCAAUCCAAGGUUCAUGGCUCCAGCGGUAGAUUUAGGACGGGAAUUGGUAAGGCGGAAAAUUAGGCUUACCUAUGGAGGAGGCAACGUUGGCCUUCAAGGAGCUGCUGAAGGCAACGUUGGCCUUCAACAGUCUAUACCAAUGGUGGUACAGUUAGAGGCUUCAUACCAGGGACAUAGUGGCACGACAGAGGCUUUCAGCAUACUUCCCAGAGGAAUUAAUACUAUGGAAGGUUUGUGCACUUUGAUCUCAUGGGCAUCCGAAGGGUUGCACAGUAAACCCAUUGGUCUUUUGAACAUUGACAGUUAUUUCAAUAACCUAAUCAAGUUUAUAGAUGAUGCGGUGAGGCAGAACUUCAUGGCUUUGAAUCAGAGGAAACUUUUCAUCUCUUCUUUCUUCGUUGAUGAGCUUUUAGACAAACUAGAGUUUGCUAAAGCUUUUCCGGGUCCUGGGGCUAAUUACGACAAGUUCACAAAUCUCGGGGGAUUAGAUUUAGAGUUGCAUUUGUAAUAUUACUUUAUGUAAUUUCCGUUGAAUUUGUGUUGAAAUAAUAUUGUCUUAUGAACAUUAUGAGUCAACCAUAAAUAUUAUUCUAAGCU